UCUCUGUCUCAAAUGAAUGUGUUGUCAGGAUCUGAGACUAUUGCACCAACGCCGUCUCAAACUAAUGCACCACAUGGAUUUGAGAUUUGUGAAGCAUCUCUAUCUGAAACGCAGGCACCAUCUCCUCAAAGUCAAACAAGUGGCGCAGGUGCAUCUUCAUCAAGGCGAGUGCGGGGACCAACAGUUGGAAAAGCAACAGCAAAAAGAGUUGCCAACAAUAAUGGGAACAAGCUCCACAUUCCAAUCACUGAGACAUUCAAUGCAUUCGAAGGGGUGCUAGCGACCCCAGGAGCUAAUGAGAUUGGCAUUCAGAUUAGGAGGAUGUGCCCCAUUCAAGGCGUUAAAAGUUGGACUGUUGCUGAUACUGCAACAAAAGGGGUUGUUGUACAAGCUGUCCGGGAUACAUUUGAAAUAGGGGAUAAUUAUGAGGACAAUGCACUAUCCCAGCAAGUUGUGGAAAAGAAGUGUAACGUGUUACAUAAAGAUUGGAAGUGCAGAAUGAAGAAGAAAUGGGAGAAGCUUGUGGAUGCGGGAACUAAUCCCUAUGCUCAUCCAUACAAAGGAAUCAAAUUAGAUGAUUGGAAGUAUUUGAUUGAUGAAGUAUGGUUAGAUCCUGCAAACAAGCGUCGCUACGACGCCAGCAAACAAAAUAGGAGCAAGCUACCCUACAAUCACACAAGUGGGUCGCGAUCUUUUCCGGCAGCAAUGAGUAUUGCGGUGAAGGAAAAUGGUGGAUUGUUGCCAGAUCUCUGUAAUUUCUACAAGGACACUCAUCAAAACAAGAGGACAAAACAAUGGAUUGAUCCUAUAUGCGGAGCAAAUGACAAGGGUGUGGGAUGA